AUGACUACCGAUACCGGCAUGCCACACCCGCCCAUCCACCGCGAUGGACAUCGCCGAAAUACUUCUAGGAUGCGUCCUACCUCAUCAUCGUUGCCAAACCCCAAGGAGCUUAGUAUCGAGGAUGAUUGGACCAGAGUGAAGGAUCCAAAGGAAAAGAAAAGAAUACAGAAUCGGGUGGCGCAGAGGACAUAUCGUCAUCGAAUGAAAGCAAGGCUUGGAGAGCUUCAAGCCCGAUUGGAUAGCCACGAGAGGCAGAGAAUCCACGCAGUUGCCCACGGUGGUAAUGAGAUAGCCCAAGGGGUGAAUGGCGGGCCCGUUGCGUUCAAUCCCAAUGCUCUCACCUCAAAUAGCCACCCAAACAUCAAUGGCCUCGCGAGCAUCAAUUCGGUUCUGAAGCCUUCUCACGUCGGAGGCUCCUCCAAGUCGCAUUUGAGCAGUGACCAGCAUCCACCCAGCUUGUCGAUGCUUCAGACCAACAUUUUCAACCACGUUGCAGAAGAAUCAGGUCCUUCGUUUUUCUCACACAACACCCAAUUCUUGAACAGCCCCCCAAACUCUCACCCGUCGCCCCAGAACAACAACGGACUACCAUCUCCUCCCGGGAGGCCAGAAUCUGAGAGAUCGAACAGGGUAUCUCAAGAUUUUGUCCUUGACUGUCUCCAUUUUCAAACGCAGCUCUUGAACAGACUGAAUAGCCUCGAACAAGACUCUGGCUGUCCGGGUCAGGGCCCUUACAGUGCUGAUGGACUUCCACAAUAUGGUAUUAGCCAGGAUCCAACUGCCUGCAUGGGGACUUUUACCCCAGCCCACACUGAGAGCGUGGAAUUCGCUCUAGAGAGUGCAAACGAUGUGUGGAAAGCCGACGGGCUUCCCCACAGGCUUCCCCAACCUUGUUCAACCGGAUCGAUGAGCUAUUCUCCAAUGUUGGAGGCAACAGCGUCCCGAAUCGAGACCGAAAUGAGUUCAAAUACCCAGCACAGCAACAGCCCCCCUCGAGGGCCAACAGGAAGCGGACCGGUCCCGGCUCGCAACGCAUCCAUGGAUGAGCGAAUGGAAAGCGUAAUAAGGCAUAUGCAGUCAAAUGGCUUUCAGAGCUUCGACGACUUGGCCACGGCUUAUUACAGCAGGACGUUCAGCGACACGACUCCAAUGGCAGCAGGACAGAACAUCAGCGGAAACAAACGGCUAUCAAAAGUGAUAUUCGACGUUUCACAGACAGCUGACGACUGGACAUAUUGGGAGCGCCGCGAUUUCCAUGACGGGAUACUCAGAGUUGCAGAGUCAAUGGUCACGUCAGAGCUACCAGCAGUGGACGAUGCGCUCCUCUCUCAGAUUCGCUCCCUGGUCGAGACGAUCGAUGCCCAGAACAUAAACAAAGCAGAGUCUCUGGAGUCUGUGAAGAACUUGAUCAAGCAUGGGGUAAGCAAGCAUGAAUACGACACCGACGAGCCAUGGAAUUAG